AUGCCUACUGUUUUAGUUGUCGGUGCAACUGGUCAGCAGGGAGGUGGCGUUGUAAAAGCCCUACUCUCUUCUGGAAGGACGGACCUCGCUGUUCGAGCACUCACACGUAACACAACGUCAGUCCCCGCAUACAGCCUUGCCAACAGAGGUGUGCAACUCGUCAAAGGCGAUCUUCUUGACCUUGAAAGUCUCGCUCAAGCUCUUGUCGGAGUCGAUGCUGCCUACCUCGUCACCGACUUUCGGGGUUACAAGGAUACGGACGGAGAACUCGAACAAGGCAGGCAAUUCAUCGAUGCCGCCAAGACUGCAGGCUUAAAACAUGUUGUCUUCUCCUCUGUGGCCGGAGCAGAUAUAGCGCAGGCUGUAGAUCAUUUCUACACUAAGUAUAAGCUUGAAGAGUACUUGCGUGAGUCUGGUUUAUCAUGGACCAUUGUACGACCUGUUGGGUUCAUGGAAGUCAUUCCUCCUCCAGGCAUUGGCCGCAGUUUCUUUCUUGGAGCCAUGGCAGCUCUAUUGGGAAACACGAAACAGAAGUAUAUCGCAUGCGAAGAUAUCGGCAAAACAGUUGCCAUGGCCUUACUUAGCCCGACACGAUUCAAGAAAAGAACUCUGACCAUCGCAGGCCAGGUUGCUAAUGUGACAGAACUUCGGGCUGCGUUGGAAGAUGGCGAGGGCCAGAGAGGUUGGCCGCAAAUCUGGCUCCCCCGGUGGUUAGUCAUUCGACUGACUCCGCACCAUUAUAAACAGAUGUUCGACUGGUUGUAUUACGACAACUGCCAGCCAGGUGAAGUCGAGGAGACCAGGACACUCCUCCCAGAUCUUAUAGAUAUCAAGUUAUGGGCAGCGAGACAGAAGGCGGAGCGAGACGUACAAUGA